AUGCUUCCGGUACCACCGGUCGAAAACGAGCCCGUUAUCUGGAUCGUAGACGAACUCCAGAAUGUUGGACCGACAACAUCAGCAGUGACUGAGUUCCUCGACGAGCUGUUUGCCCGCUUUGGCGUUCUCAACAUCAUAGUCUCCGAUAAUGGAACGCAGUUGACGUCAGAACGGUUUGCGGUUUUGUGCAGGAAGAACGGCAUUCAACAUUUCCGGACAUCGCCGUAUCACCCACAGUCCAAUGGCCAGGCGGAGAUUUGUGGACACCUUCAAGAGGUCGUUGCGCAAAAUCAACGAGGAAAGUAUCUCGGAAUCGCUCCAGACGUUCCUCCAGGUCUACCGAACCACUCCCAGUCGUGUUCUGAAUGGCGCAGAACUCCUUCGCAGCUGAUGCUUGGUCGAGACAUCAAGACGGUUCUCGAUCUCCUGCAUCACCAACAACCGAAGCCAGUGGUUCUCAAUCAACGCCAAGACGAACAGUUCAACUGGAAGCAUGGCGCAACUCCUCGUAAUGGCUUCCGAAAAGGCGACAUGGUCUACGCCAAGGUCUACCGCAGCAACACCAAGUGGCAGUGGGCCUCCGGCAUAAUCAUCGAGGUCAUCGGACGGGUCAACCACAACGUCUUGAAAUUCCUCCAAUAG